UCUAAACCCCCACAAGGCGUAAAUACCGCCGACAGUGUAGUCGGGCCGGGGAGCGUAGACCUGCGCAAGCAGGAUUUUUAUUGCUUUGCAUUAAGACUAAAAAGUCCUUUUUCAAUAAAUAUUGCUUUCCAACUUCAGCUACAGUGAUAGCUAAGUUUGGAAAGGAGGAGAAGGUCUUUUUAGUUUUUUAUUUGCAGAAAACAUUAUCAGUGCUUGCACGUCCGCUGGGAAAAACCGCCGUCAGAUAAAAAAAAAAGAAACAAUAUUCUUAAGGUUAUUAUUUUAAAAAUAUGGAAAACGCUGGAUCAAAGAAACGCAGUUAUGAAUCAGCUGCCAAAUUCUUUACUUCGGCGAAGUUUCUUAUAUACCUCGGACACGCUCUUUCCACAUGGGGGGACCGUAUGUGGAACUUUGCUGUGGCUGUCUUCUUGGUUGAGCUGUACGGUAACAGCCUGCUUCUCACGGCCGUCUACGGCCUGGUUGUGGCUGGAUCCGUAUUGCUGCUCGGAGCCAUUAUCGGUGACUGGGUGGACAAGAACCCCAGACUCAAAGUUGCCCAGACUUCUCUUAUCGUCCAGAACUCUUCCGUAAUUCUGUGCGGCAUUCUCUUGAUGGUGGUGUUCCAGUUUAAAGAAGAUCUCAGACAAAUGUACCAUGGCUGGCUGCUUACAAUGUGCUAUAUCAUGGUCAUCACCAUUGCCAAUAUAGCUAACCUGGCUAGCACGGCCAUGUCCAUCACGAUCCAGAGAGACUGGGUGGUGGUGGUGGCCGGUGAGGACCGGAGCAGACUGGCAGACAUGAAUGCCACAGUGAGGAUCAUCGACCAACUGACCAACAUCCUGGCCCCCAUGGUUGUGGGACAGAUCAUGGCGUUUGGGUCCCACUUCAUCGGCUGCGGGUUCAUCUCUGGUUGGAACCUCUGCUCCAUGUGCCUUGAAUACACUGUGCUCUGGAAGGUCUAUCAGAAGACCCCAGCGCUGGCUGUGAAGGGGGGACAUAAAGAAGAGGCUCAGGAACUUAAACACCUUCAGGACCAGCAAGAUCCUCUCAGUGGGCAGAAGCCGUCUGAGGACUCGCAGCUGAUGACUGAAACAGCUGCGGUUGAGAAGGAUCCCACAAAGAAAACUGGCUGCUUAUACCAAAUAUCAGAGCCCUUCCGCACUUUCCGGGAUGGCUGGGUGGCCUACUACAACCAGUCCAUCUUCUUCGCUGGCAUGUCCCUGGCGUUCCUCUACAUGACUGUCCUGGGCUUCGACUGCAUCACUACCGGCUAUGCCUACACCCAGGGGCUCAAUGGCGCCAUACUCAGCCUGCUGAUGGGAGCAUCUGCCAUCUCCGGGAUCUUCGGCACGGUGGCCUUCACCUGGAUCCGGAAGUGGUGCGGCCUGAUCCGCACAGGCUUCUUCUCAGGCUUGGCCCAGCUCUCCUGCCUCCUGCUCUGCGUGGUCUCUGUGUUCGUGCCGGGAAGCCCCCUCGACCUGACCGUCUCACCAUUCCAGGAGAUGGUCCGCCAACUCAUGGGGGACGGGGGUGCCUUGCCUGAGGCUAACCCCACCCCGCUGGCCAUGCUCUCCACCAGCAUGCAGAGCCUGACUAAUGGCUCCACCACAGUCCAUGAAAUGGAGGAGAUGGUGCAGGUGGAGUCCUACUUGUCUGUCAGCCUUCUCUUUGCUGGGGUCAUUGCUGCUAGAGUUGGUCUUUGGGCUUUUGACCUAACUGUGACCCAGCUGAUCCAAGAAAACGUGAUUGAGUCCGAACGAGGAAUCAUCAACGGGGUGCAGAACUCCAUGAACUACCUCCUCGACCUGCUGCACUUCAUCAUGGUCAUCCUGGCGCCGAACCCAGAAGCUUUCGGCCUGUUGGUCAUCAUCUCCUUCUCCUUCGUCGCCAUGGGCCACAUGAUGUACUUCUGGUUUGCCUACAAGAACCUGGGCCCUCAGCUCUUCCUCCGGUGCUCUGCGGAGCAGAAAAAAGAGGCAGACAUUCCUUCGCUUUCCUCUGUGGUGUAGCCCGGCAAGUUGACGGUGCGCCUCGGACGUAGGAUGUGUAGCAAGCCUACCAAACCUGCUCUUAGUGAUGCCUUCGCUACUCUGAGUACAUUUAAUAUAGGCGCUUCAUGAAUCACUUGGCCUUUUAUCACUUACUAUUGUGUGUGUGCCGGUAUCAGGCGUGAGGAUGGACACAUAACUCGCGAAACAAAAAUGGAGGAGUCUCAGGUGUGCACAGAUCGGCUCUGUACCCCCCUCAGACGUUUCUGUUGAUCUUAGUCAAGGUGCUCGGAGCUGAAACACUGCAAUUCACUACCACUCACACCACAUCACCAUGUUCAUCAGAUCAGCUGCUUUUCAAAGAGCCCCCACAGGACAUUUCCCAAGCCACUAUGUCAUUCGUGUAGCGACAGUUUAUGAAGCUCGUUGGGUUAUUUGCUAUUUAGCUGUCUCAGUACAAGCUUUAGUGUCAUUACAAGACUUGUUUGCGCUAGAUAAGCAUAGUAGAAGUUCUCGUUUUUAUAAGCUGCUGUUAGGGUUUAUACGCAAAUAUACAAAAAUGUAUCUGUAGGUGUCUACAUGUGCUGUGAACUCAUAGUCAGUAUUGUCCCUGUAUCGUCUAGCUCUAUAGUAAGUACAUGUUAAAAACAUUUGUCAGAAAAGCUAUGCAAGAGGCUCUUUAUGUUACCAAAGUGGGAUUCCUCUGUAAAAUAGCCAGCAACAUGUUGUCUAAGCAUUCAUUCCAGAAGUCUGUGUGUGAGAAGCAAUGUUAUAUGUCUCGACGUACUCCUCAGAUGUUCAGUGCUUCCAAGAAUGCUCGUGAAUCUCCUGUGAUUGUUCAGCUAGCACUUUAGGUGGUUGUACCCUAUUGCGGGUCACCUUGAGGCAUACGCAGCAUAUGCGCUAGUAGUCGCUAACUGUCUGCUUCAACUCUAGGUCCGUGCAUAUUCAAAAUUCACACAGCACUGUGUUAAGCAGAAAGCCAUUUUUGCACUGAAAAAGGCUGCUCCCCCCCCCAAAGAAAAUGGAUGAGGCUAGAGGUUUUCACAGCUACCUACACGCACUUAGCCCAUCAGCCUGCGCUCAGGUGCAUCAUGCUGUGGCCAGCAAAGGUCUUACGACAAACACACACGUCCUCUUUAAAAUGCGGCCUCGGCAUCCCAUCUGCUAGAGAGACAUGGCCCACAGUGUGUGGCAUUUUGUUAGAGCAUUAUUAGUAUUGGCCUCAACUCACAGUGCAUGUGAAGGUCUUAUUGCCAAGAGGUGAUAUUUUUCUUCACAGCUGGUUGCCAGUCUGUUGGGUUUACAUUGGAUCGUGGAUUUAAACAGGUUGCCCUUUGCAAUUGUGCUGAUGCCUCAGAUUCCUCAUCCAGAUCCCACAGAAAUGUGUGUCAUGGUUAAACACCAGCAUUAAAGUAAGCAAAUUCUCCAGAGAAGGUUUCAGAAUGCAAAAAUUUUCCACUUGGAGUGGUUCAGGGACAAGCUCACUUUUAAUUGAGACACUCUGUGUUUUUUUAUAAUGCAUUAAAUCCAGCAAAACUCAGCCAGCGAAUACAAUUUACUAUACCUGUAAAUGUGCUAAAACUGUGGGAAUCAGUUUUUGUUUUAGGAUUAAGGAAAACAUUUGUAUUUUGAACAACUUUUUAUAUAUUGGAAUUGUAUUGCUGAAAACUUAAAAUAUGUUUCUCAUUUCAAAGCAUCAUGUUUAGUUUUGUGGUGUUCGUAAAACUGGUAAGUAUAAAUGUCUGAAACCCAAAAGCCAAUGAUGAUCUUAAAAAAAGCUGUAAGGAAAAACUGCAAUUAUGUUCCGGUGGAUAUAAUGUUCGUUAUAUAGUAACAACAUUAUAUUGUAACUGAUGAUGUUUUGCAAUAUACGAUUGUCAGCACUCCACAGGAACUGGGGAAUAUACAGUUACUGCAUGUUUUUUUCUAUGUUUUUUUUCUAUGUGAAGUAAUAAAGAUAUAAACUGCUA